GAUUUUGGGGCCCGCAUUCAGAAAUCCGCGAUUGGUUCAGUAAGGGAUUCUAAAAGAUCCGAAAAUGAAGCUACUACCCACAGUUUUCCUGGUGGUGACAGUGUGUUCUUUCGGCGCUUCGAUUGACCUGUUAUGUCCGUUGAAAUGGCCCAAUUGCGGUUUGACCGUCCAGAACAUCGUUUGCGAACGCGGCGAAACCUGCCCCACGGAACCCGGCUGCGAGAAAAUCGAACCCGACGAAGAAUUCUUGAAGUUUAUCCUGCACGAGCACAACAGAUUGAGGAACGAAAUCGCCACGGGCAAAGAAACCCGAGGAAACACCGGCCCGGCGGCCAACAUGAAUGCCCUCUCCUACGACAAGGGCUUGGAAUUCACCGCUUCUUGUAACGCCAACAUGUGCAAAUUCCAACACGACAAGUGCAGGGCGACCAAAAAGUUCCCCAACGCCGGGCAAAACUUGUUUUACGCCAGCGGAAAUCAAUCCGAGCUGAGAGGGGCCGUGGCCGCUUGGUUCGAGGAAAUAACAUUGAACACUCCAGACGUUAUCGAUAAAUUUCCUAAAGAUCGCGACAAUAUCAGCCGCUUUAUCCAGACCAUUUGGGCCACAUCGACCCAUAUAGGGUGCGCCCAAGCGAAGAAAACCGGCGAAACUGAACAAUACGUGCUUGUCUGCAACUAUGGUCCUGGUGUGGAAGUUGGUAAAAGCGUUUACGAGAAGGGAGAAGUUUGCUCCAAGUGUCCCGAGUCUGUAAAGUGCAACGAGCAGUAUCCUGGACUAUGCGGUGAGGCGGAUGAAAGUCCAUUGAACACUCCAAAAGAACCUCCUAUAGGAGAAAUUUCGAAUGACAAAGAUGCUGCUGCAGGUGUGGGAGUAGGAGGUGCACCAGGAAUGGGAGGUUUCGGAGGGAUGGGAUUCGGCAUGGGCGCAGGUGGAGGUGGAAGUGGAUCUCAAAGCGAACAAGACAAAAAUAACGAAAAAAAGAAAAAAACUACUAAACAGCAAGAGUCUACCAUAACAACAACAUAUAGUACAAAUUCUACUUAUGAAUCUACCACCAAUCUAACUACUGAAUCAACGAGCGAAUCGCCGUUUUCCACAACCCUUGAUCCUGAAAACAGUACAAGAAGGCACGAUAUCGGCCAUUUCACGCAAAUGAUUUGGGCGAAAACCACCCACAUAGGAUGCGCCAUGGCGAAAUCUUUCAACCAACAGGAGAAUGUAGAAGAAUACUAUCUGACAUGUAAUUACGCGCCUCAGGGAAACAUGAUCGGAAAGACCGUGUACGAAAGAGGCACGGGUUGCUCCAAAUGUCCCAAGUCGAGAAAAUGCAACCUUAAAUAUCCUGGGCUAUGCGGAGACGUCCAUGAGACUCAAAUAAAACAAGGAAGUCGGGGCGCAACAAUGAAUGAAGAUAGUGUAACAGCAGAGAGUGGAUCAGUAGCUAGUGCAGCAACUGGAGGUGUAACUGAUAGGGGUGUAACCGAAGAGGGUGUAACUGAAAAGGAUAUAACUCAAGAGGAUGCGCCAAAAGAAAGUGCAAUAGCACAGAAUGCAACAGAAAAUGCAAUAACAGGAAAUUACACUACCGAUAGUAGUGCUGAAAAUGGGACAGUAACACAGCAGUCAGUUGAAACUACUACACACAACUCGGCAUCAAUUAUUAAUUCAUGUCUUCAUUUAGUAAUUGCAAUUAUUCUUGUUGAAUUAUUAAAGGAUUAAUCCUUCAAAUCUAUUAAUAUUUAAUUUCAUAAACACAGAAUAUAUGAGCUUAUAGGUAAUGUGUAAAUUUUAAUUUCUUUGAUAUACAUAAAUGCAUACAUGUAUGUU